AUGCAGGUCAACCUCUGCCCUGGUGGUAACAACUCUAGUAAGAGCACCUUCGUCUUUCCUGAGCUUGUUGAUAGACAGACGCAGAAGCUUCUCAAAGUAUUUCUCAGGGAAGGUCUCUUUGGAGCUGACAGAGGAGAUUCUCCGAAGCAUGGAAGUUGGGCUGGCUUUCAGGGACUACGUUACUUGAUAGAAAAGAUUGAAUUUGAAAAUCUACUUCACAAAGCUUCAGUGUCUUUUUGUGCAACUCGAGUUGCUUCUUCAGGCCAUGGUGGGUAUUCGUAUCUCUUGGAGCCUCUGUGCUGGUUGGGAUUGAUUACAAAUGGGCACUUGCUCCCCGUUGGUUGUAGCAAGCUCGUUCAAGCUUCCAUGUCGUUGAUCCCCAGAACCACACUCACACUCACACUCCCCAGAACACUCCUCGCCCUUCGAUCCUUCUCCUGCAAAAUGUCAUCCGACCCGCCACCGUUGACUCACUCCCUCACUCUCCCGAGUCAACUCGCCGCCGAGCCCGUCCAGAUCGUCGCCGCCCCCCACAUCUCCUCCUCCCAGUUCAGGAGCGCUAUUGAUUCGUCUUUGUUUAAGCAGUGGCUGAAGAACAUGGAGAGUGAAACUGGGAUUCUAAGCGACGGUUCUUUGGCUCUGAAACGAGUUCUAAUUCAGGGUGUGGAUAUGUUUGGAAAGAGGAUUGGGUUUCUGAAGUUUGAAGCAGAUGUGAUUGAUAAAGAAACAGGGGAAAAGGUUCCAGGUAUUGUGUUUGCACGUGGACCGGCUGUAGCUGUGCUUAUACUUUUGGAAUCGGAGGGCAAGGCUUAUGCUGUUCUUACUGAACAGGUUAGAGUACCUGUUGGAAGGAUCAUACUGGAGUUGCCUGCUGGAAUGUUGGAUGAUGACAAGGGUGAUUUUCUCGGCACCGCAAUCCGUGAGGUGGAAGAAGAGACUGGCAUAUGCCUAAAACAAGAAGACUAAUCAACUCUUGUAAUGAUUAUAUUCAGUUUUGUAGCCUUCAGUUACGUCUUCUUAAUUU